UUAACAAUUAGGCUGAUAACAAUAAUUGAAAUGUAAAUCAGAAUAAAUUAAAUUCAUUUGAAGUAAAAUAAAUACCAUUAUACUCUAUUUUGACCAAAUGAUCAACACUUGUACAUAGUGCCAUUUACUUUGUGUUCUUCACUCUCGCGCUGUGUUGUGAUCGUUCGAAACUCAUUGCCAGAACGAAUGCAAAUUUCAUUUGGGAAGGAUCGGUGCCGGAAGAUGCAGUAAAAAUUAUAAAAUGUUUAUAGAAAAGUGGUUAAGUAAAUCGUGAAAGAUGUCAACACAGGCAUAAAUGCAGUUUGUUUUGUUACUUGAUCUACGGCUAUUUCAUUGCCAAAGCUCCUGAUAACAGAUCAAAGCAGAUGGAUCGGGUAUAAAGAGUCGCCAUUUAACAUUAAAUAUCUUCUUGAUCGGCAAACUCAUCAAACACCAAGUGUUUCUCUUCCAACAGCACGCGCUAUCGGUGGAGCAAGCAGCCAACGAUUUGAUCGCCAGUACGCGCCAUCAAGAAUUUAUAUUUUGCCAAACAGUACUGUGAAUAAAAAACUGCACACUUACUGUCGGAAUUUCCUGGAAUGUUUUGAUCGGUCUGCGCUCGCGGGAAUGGUGGGUUCGUUGAGGUGAAGGAAAGAAAGGGUGGGAGCGAGGAUUAACCAAAAACGCGGCAUUGAGAAUGAGGGGAGGUGCGCUCAGCGCUCACGCUGGGACACUCACGAUGCUUGAAAUAAAAUGUUAACAAGCAUCGAUUUCAAGCAUGCACGUCGUGCGACAUUUUGCCAAGCGGGUCAUUCGCAACCCUCGCAAUGUUUGACGGGAUGUCUCACACUACCCCCCCCAGGACAAUCGCAUGGCAAUCGGAUUGAACGCGCAACAUUUUCCAUACAAUCCGCAGUUUUGCGUUUUCUUCGCGCCAACUUUGCCUGUAUUUUUAAUGAGCCAAGAGAUUUUACCCCCUCCUACACGCAUUCCCCCAGGACAAUCGCAUGGCAAUCGGAUUGAACGCGCAACAUUUUCCAUACAAUCCGCAGUGUUGCGUUUGCUUCGCGCCAACUUUGCCUGUAUUUUCAAUGAGCCAAGCGAUUUUACCCCCUCCUACACGCAUUGUAUCCUACAGCACGCUUGUCGCGGCAACGUUCACCACAUACACACACACAUCUCCACACUCAGGGUACGACAUCUUCUCUGUUGCUGUUCUGGACACGGAAAAAUUUGUGUUUCUACACUUAUUGUUCAAAAAAGUAGUAGCUCCUAGGAUCUGAAUUUACAAACAAAUAUCAAAAUAUUAUGUUAUGUUAAUGAUAUUGCACUGAAUUUAAUUGCACUACAUUAAGUUUUGACAUAUCUUUCGUAAAAGUUCAUCAGAGUAUGAAAAUGUCGAUACAAUUUGUCAUGAAUAACUUAAAUUUCAAGAUUUUCGCGCAUAAAAUUAUGACGCACGCUGUGUGUGUGCGGCGGCGUAAUUCGCUUCUCGUAUAGCCGUCUCGCUUCUUCUUGUGUGUGCUUUACCGUUGCUCAUCGCUUCAAGAACAUUGCUGCUCACACACACGUCAGUCUGUGGCAAACAAUUGGAGGGGGAGGAUGUGUCGGUUUGCUCCAGAAAUCGUGCGUGAUUUUGGUGUUCUGGAUUUGUUUCCAUGCCUGUUUGUUUUGGUGAAUUUGAAAAGGUAAGAAUCGUCAACCGAUGUAAAAGUGUGAGAGUAAGAUGAUGCUGAUGGUGACUGAUGCUUUUCUUUGUUUCUUUUCCUGCUUUCAUCCACUGAUGGCGUCGAGCAUCGCCGAGGAUGUGAUCGAAUCCGGAAUAUUCUAAACGAGGAGCUUCAUUCCGGAUUUUGUUUGCAAUAAGCGCUGAACUCAUCCUCCAGCUUACAACGAACGGUCAACGGAUGAGGAAGGAGAGGAGGGACGGCAAAGGUACACGCACAAACGUGCACACAUCAGCCUUGUCGGAGAACGAGAACACGGGAGGGGGAGACCGGCAACGUAUAGAACCUUUACGCUCCCUCGUACGUUCGUGCGUGCGUGCACGCGCGCGUCUAUGUGUGUGUAUGUGUGUGCAUGCCUGCGUGGCUGUGUGUGUUUUUGCCGCUUCGCAUAACGAGAACCUACGGGAUCACCUUGCAAAAAACACCAAGAAAGGGGGAGGGGUAGGUGUAUGUGUGUGUAUGUGUGCUUGCAUGCGUGCGUGGCUGUGUAUGUGUGUGUAUGUGUGCUUGCAUGCGUGCAUGGCUGUGUAUGUGUGUGUAUGUGUGCUUGCAUGCGUGCGUGGCUGUGUAUGUGUGUGUAUGUGUGCUUGCAUGCGUGCAUGGCUGUGUAUGUGUGUGUAUGUGUGCUUGCAUGCGUGCGUGGCUGUGUAUGUGUGUGUAUGUGUGCUUGCAUGCGUGCAUGGCUGUGUAUGUGUGUGUAUGUGUGCUUGCAUGCGUGCGUGGCUGUGUAUGUGUGUGUAUGUGUGCUUGCAUGCGUGCAUGGCUGUGUAUGUGUGUGUAUGUGUGCUUGCAUGCGUGCAUGGCUGUGUAUGUGUGUGUAUGUGUGCUUGCAUGCGUGCGUGGCUGUGUAUGUGUGUGUAUGUGUGCUUUUGCUGUUUGGCGAUCUCCUACGGAAUCACCUUGCGAAAACACGUGGGGGGGGGGGGAGGAGUGAGGUGUGUGUGUGCUUGCCUGCGUGCUUUGUGUGUGUGUUUUUGCGUUCACGUUCUACGGGAUCACUUUGCGAAAAACACCAAGGGGAGGAGGAGGAGGUGUGUGUGUGUGUGUGUGUGUAUGUUUUUUUUUUCUUUGCCGAUUCGCACUCUCUCGCGGAUCUAGUUGUGUGCGUUAGUUUUUUUUUUAGUUUCUUCGAAAAAUACCUGGGGGAGGAUGUGUGUAUGAAAGAAUGUACUUCAGAAAAGAAAGUGAAAAAUAAAAAACGAAUAUGAAAUAUGUUAAACGAAGUUUUAAGUGUGUCUGAACUCAUUGCAAUCCGAAAGAAAGGGAGGGGGCCCUUCUGACAGAAAUCGCGCGACAUGUAGGCUUAAACUCGUAGCUUAAACAAAGCUUAUUGGCAUUCAAAAGUUUAAGCCACGCUGAGUGCCCGCUCACGAGAGGCUUGAUCGUUUAAGCUACCGCUAUGCAUUUAAGCUACGCACUCACCGGCUGUGAGUGCUUUCGCUCACUAUUCUCCCCUCUCACCCUUUCUUUCCUCCUUUCUGAUCCACAAUUGCCCGUUGCUUCGAGCCGUUACGAACUGGAUAUCUGGAUCCUAUAACAAUAUACAGUUUAUAAACUCAAAAAGAAAAAAAAACAGCAGCAAUCAUCACACUUUAAACAACUUACCUGCUAAUUUAAAUCAAUUUAACGCCUUUACGCUUGCGCACACUGACACUAUAAGUCAAUUAAAUAAAUAUUGGUUAACUGCACUUAUAUGCUCGGUAAGCACAAGCAAAUUAAACUGUACUUUAUUGAAAUAAUAUUAGUUAAACAGCAUAAAUCACUCCAGAAUUUCACCGAACCAAACCAAGCCAAUUUUUGUCAACACUGAUAUCUGUCAAACGAGGGAGGCGAACCGCAGAUGAAGAAAACAACUUUUAUCACUAUGGGACAGCUUCAAUACUUGUCCAAAUUUUUAGAAUAGUUUUAUGUACAACUUUCAAUUGCCAGGAAAAAAAGAUAUAAAACACAACACACAUUUAAAGAAUCAUUAUUACUCUUAAACUAGUUGUAAAUUAUUGUGUGUUGUAUUAAAUAUCAUUAAAUUAUGCUUAUCUGUUUUAUUUCUGUUUUGACAAAUAGAACUAUGAUUCGCCCAUAGUUUCUUUCGCUCUCUCAUCAAAUUGAAAAUUUUACCAACACCGCAAAUGUGGAAGCAUUGCGGCAUGAAGUAGGUUGGUAAGGCAUGGCGGAGUGAGAGCGAGGAUCUCACACACAGAUGUAACAAUAACCCAUCAUCGCAAUGACGGGAGCAAUCGGUCAUGGGGGGUUGGUGGAGUGCAAGUGUGUCUCUCAAGCUCAGAGCCGAUUUUUGCUUAACACCUCAACGAUGGGAGCGUUCAGGGGUGGAGACGUAUGGAAGUGUGCGAGUGUGUCGCAUGAUUGCUCGCAAGUGUAGAGCGGGGGUAGCGAGAGGCAGAGUGUACAGGCGAUUUCUGCCAAGAGGGGGGCUCUUAAAAUGUAGUACACAUGUAUGCAACAUGUAUCGUGUCGCCGCGACGGUGUAUCUCGCUCAAUCCGUUAAGCCUGAAAAGUGCUUCUAUCGGAUCGUCUAAUCGGGCGCCAUUUAAUCAAUCCGUUAGCAAAAAGUCGCAUGGAUUUUGGUACCGGGGUUGUAUCCUAAAGCACGCCUGUCGCGUCAACGUUCACCACAUACACACAAACAUCUCCACACUCAGGGUACGACAUCUUCCCUGUUGCUGUUCUGGACUCAGACAAAAUUUGUGUUUCUACACUUAUUGUUCAAAAAAGUAGUAGCUCUUAGGAUCUGAAUUUACAAACAAAUAUCAAAAUGUUAUGUUCUGCUAAUGAUAUUGCACUAAAUUUAAUUGCACUACAUGAAGUUUUGACAUAUCUUUCGUAAAAGUUCGUCAGAGUAUGAAAAUGUCGAUUCAAUUUGUCAUGAAUAACUUGAAUUUUAAGAUUUUCGCGCAUAAAAUUAUGACGCGCGCUGUCUGCGCGGCGGCGUAAGUCGCUACUCGUAUAGCCGUCUCGCUUCUUCUUGUGUGUGCUUUACCGUUGCUCACCGCUUCAAGAACAUUGCUGCUCACACACACGUCAGUCUGUGGCAAACAAUUGGAGGGGGAGGAUGUGUCGGUUUGCUCCAGAAAUCGUGUGUGAUUUUGGUGUUCUGGAUUUGGUUCCAUCGCUGUUUGUUUUGGUGAAUUUGAAAAGGUAAGAAUCAUCAACCGAUGUAGAAGUGUGAGAGUAAGAUGAUGCUGAUGGUGACUGAUGCUUUUCUUUGUUUUUUUUUCGGCUUUUAUCCACUGAUGGCGUCGAGCAUCGCCGAGGAUGUGAUCGAAUGCGGAAUAUUCUAAACGAAGAGCUUCAUUCCGGAUUUUGUUUGCAAUAAGCGCUGAACUCAUCCUCCAGCUUACAACGAACGGUCAACGGAUGAGGAAGGAGAGGAGGGACGGCAAAGGUACACGCACAAACGUGCACACCUCAGCCUUGUCGGAGAACGAGAACACGGGAGGGGGAGACCGGCAACGUAGGUUCUAUACGUUCUUCAUUUACGCUCCCUCGUGCGUUCGUGCGUGCGUGCACGCGCGCGUCUUUGUCUUUGUAUGUGUGUGCAUGCCUGCGUGCGUGGCUGUGUGUGUUUUUGCCGCUUCGCUUAACGAGAUCCUACGGGAUCACCUUGCGAAAAACACCAAGAGAGGGGGAGGGGUAGGUGUAUGUGUCUGUGUGUGUGUAUGUGUGCUUGCGUGGUUGUGUGUGUGUUUUUUUGCUGUUUCGUGAUCUCCUACGGAAUCACCUUGCGAAAACACGAGGGGGGUGGGGGGGGGAGGAGUGGGGUGUGUGUUUGUGUGCUUGCCUGCGUGCGUGCGUGGCUUUGUGUGUGUGUUUUUGCGUUCGCGUUCUCCUACGGAAUCACCUUGUGAAAAACACCAUGGGAUGGAGGAGAUGUGUGUGUGUGUGUGUUGAGCCGGUCUCGUAGUACAGUCGUCAACUCGUACGACUUAACAACAUGCCCGUCAUGGGUUCAAUCCUCAAAUAGACCGCGCCGCUAUACGUAGGACUGACUAUCCUGCUAUGGGGGGGAAUCAAUUAGUCUCUGAUAGCCAAAACCCACAAGUGGGUACAGGCAGGCCUUGACCGACAUCGGUUGUUGAGCCA